UUAACAGAAUCUUUUGAAUUAGCAACAGAAUUUGUUCGAGUAGUUGCUGCAAAAUUGAAAUCUGAAGAUCUUCUAUAUUUGUAUGCCAGAUUCAAACAGGCAAAUGAAGGAAGAUGUAAAACACCCAAGCCAUCUUUCUUUGACUUUCAAGGAAAACAGAAAUGGGAGGCAUGGAAGAAAUUAGAGGAUAUGCCUACACUAACAGCAAAGAAGGACUACAUUGAAUAUUUAUCAAAAAUAAUACCUGGCUGGCAACAUCAAGAGGCCAGGGAUGUAAAUGGUGGAGGUGAUACUGCAGGGUUAGGUAUUGCUGUUAGUAGAAUGGUGUGUGAGGAUGAUGAUAUUGAUGAUUGUGAUAAAACUGUAUUUGACUGGUGUAAAGAUGGUAAUGUCGAUAAAGUUAAAACCUGUUUAAAUGAGAACACUCUUAAUGUAGAUAAAUUAGAUGAAGAG